AUGAGCAUUCAGAACUUGGCCAGCUACGACCCCUUCGCGGACGUUGGCGAAGACCAACCCAUUGCUGAGGAAAUUGUGGAAGAGAAGAAGAAGCCUUCCCAGGUUCAGAACUACGUCCACAUCCGUAUUCAGCAGCGCAACGGUCGUAAGACGCUGACCACGCUCCAGGGUCUCCCGAAGGAGUAUGACCCCAAGAAGCUGCUGAAGGCUUUCAAGAAGGAGUUUGCUUGCAACGGCACGCUCGUUGAGGACGAGGAGCUCGGCCAGGUUAUCCAGCUUCAGGGUGACCAGCGCCAGAAGAUCUCGAUGUUCCUGAUUGAGGAGGGCAUUCCCAAGCAGGACGUCAAGGUGCACGGUUUCUAA